AUGGUCUUUAAGAGUGGGGCGGCGUCUAGGCGCUCGGUCGGGCCUGCCAUUGUUUUGACUUGGCUGUCCUCGAGCUUCUCCCAACCAUCUACGAUGCCAGCGCUUCGCUGGAGCCCUAGAGGAUUGACUUCAGUAGUCCGGAGCUCACUCGCUCGCUAUGUUGUUUCUCCUCUACAUCGUUCGAAUGGGACAACCGUGGCUUCAAAGCUCCUUCUUCCACAGCGCCAAUUUCUCACCUCGGGAUUCGUCGAGGUGGACAUCUCGCGCAAGAUAGAAGAAGAAGACCUUCCGUUAUACAAGGCCGAGAAUUACUACCCUGCUUCUAUUGGCCAGGUUCUCGAGUCCAGAUACCAGAUUGUUUCAAAGCUUGGAUAUGGCACCUCGUCGACCGUUUGGCUUUGUCGGGAUCUCCUAGAGAACGACUACUUCACACUCAAAGUCUGCAAUAAGGGACACAAACCCACUCAUGAACUCGCAAUUUCAGACCUCUUAAGAAACUCCAAAGAGCAUGCUGGGAAGAAGACGAUCCGCCUAGUGCUUGAUUCCUUCGAGGUGUCGGGCCCCAGCGGGACUCAUACAUGUUUGGUAUACCAACCAUGUGGAAUGAGCUUUACCGAGUUCCAGCACUUACUCCCCGACAACAAGUUACCAAAAGAGCUUGUCCAACGAGGGAUCCAACUCAUUCUGAUAUCGUUGGCGUUUUUGCAUGACAAUGGCGUGAUACACACUGAUAUCUCAACCAACAACAUCCUCCAAGGAAUCCAAGAUCCCUCCGUUCUCCGCCAGAUCGAAGAAGAUGAGGUAGCCCGGCCAAUCGCCCGAAAGGUCCUCAGUGACAGAACCAUCUAUUACUCCAGGCCGAUGCCCAACUCCGCAGGGCUGCUUGUUCUCUCCGACUUUGGCGAAGCGAGAAUUGACAAAGGUUCCAACAGAGGCGAUAUUAUGCCCGGCAUCUAUCGCGCACCGGAGGUGAUUCUGGAUAUGGAGUGGGAUUGCAAGGUAGACGUAUGGUCUAUUGGUACCAUGAUCUGGGAUAUGGUAGAGGGCGGGCACCUCUUCUUCGCCAAGAAAGACCGCAUCCUCAACGACGAACAGCAACUAGCAGAAUUAGUCUCCCUGAUGGGCCCCCCUCCUCCAGAGUUUCUCCAAAGGAGCGAAAAGUGUCGCCAGUUCUGGGAUGAUCAAGGCACCUGGAAAGGCUCAAUACCCAUCCCAGAACAAUCCUUUGAAAUGAGAGCGCGGCAAUUCUUCAACGAAGAUAAAGAGCUAUUCAUGGCGUUCUUGCGAAGAAUCUUCUGCUGGUUACCAGAGGAGAGACCAACGGCCGAGGAGCUUGCGUAUGAUGACUUUCUAAUGCAGCCACUGCUUGCUGCGAGACUUGCGGGGUAUGAUUCGACGAGCUGCGCUUACAGAGUAGGAUGGACGAAACCAGGUUAA